AUGUUUGCAUUGCCGUCAUUCACGGGGUAUAUUGAAGCAAAUGUCAAAAAUAUAAAAUUUCUCAUGUAGCUUAAUUAAAUCUUAAAUUUGUUUCUGGAGUUUGAAAUUUUUGUUUUUUGUUAUUGAUUAGAAAAGGAAUAAAUUCGAGACUCCCUUGGGUCCUUUCUUACAAAUCAUGGCUACUUCUGAAAAGAUGUCAACCCGUCCUACCACGGGAUAUAUACCUGAAAAUAUGGUUCAAUGUAAAGUUUGUGGCAGGCGCUUCAAUCCUGACCGUGUCACCAGACAUGAGGAAAUCUGUGAGAAGACAUCGACCAAGAAGCGCAAGGUUUACGAUAUAGCCAAGCAUCGACUUAAAGGAACGGACAUCGAACAGUAUGUGCGUAAGACAGCGAAGAUCAACCAUCGAUAUGCCCCUGGCAAGGAGCUGGCAGUAGUCGCAAAUGGACGACCUGAUAAGAAAAGUGAUUGGCGCCGGAAGCAUGAGGAAUUCAUUGAAGCUAUACAAGCCGCUAAGAAAGUGCAAGUACAUUUAGCACGUGGUGGGAAAUUAGCGGACCUUCCACCACCACCACCUUCGGAAAAUCCAGAUUAUAUUGAGUGUCCGCAUUGUCAUCGGCGUUUCAACGAAGCAGCAGCAGCCAGACAUAUACCGAAAUGUGCUUCGUACCUUCAUAAUAAGCCGAAACCUGUCAGGAAAUACUAGUUGCUGUAUAGACAGGCCUCAUAGAAGUUUGCUUUUGUUCACUAAAAACGUUUCAAAAUGUUUGGAUUCUAUUGGUGAAGCUAUACGCGAAAUACGCAUUUCUAAAGUUCUUUACAAAAAGGGUUUGUUUUCUUC